AUUAAAAUGAAGAUUAAAACAAAUUCAAGUGCUAUCGUUGGUGGGACAACUACUCUUAAGAAAAUGUUUAUUUUUUGCAGUAUUUUGCUGUUAGCAUUUGUACAGACAUCGACAGGAUUUAUUCUAGAACCAUAUACUGACCACGACAAUUGUAACAGAAAACACGUGACAGUCGCAGAACUGAGAGACAUUUUCCUUGGUCGUUGUGUUGACUUCCAGACGAAUUUACAUUCGGAGCGUCUCUGUACAGAUGGUUUAAAGAACUGUACAGACUUGUGGCUGAAGUUUUCCAUGGCGUUCCGUGACAGGCCACCAUGCAACGUGACUGCCGAUCUAUAUACAGACUUCAUAAAAACCGCAAAUCACGCUAUAGCAGGGAAGCAACUGUUCUACUCCGGUGCCUAUGAAUUAGCUCAGCAGUAUAGUUCUAUAGGAAACCGUUACACUACCGUUGAAAAAACAUUAAUUGGGUAUUUAAUUGAUAGGUUGGGUUUCUGUGGAGGAACCGCAGGCAACAGUCCUUCUGUGUCUUGUGAAAGUUGGGAUCCAGUUACAUGUCCAUAUACCGCAAGUGGAAGCUUCUGGCAAAUAGUAUCAGAAAACUUUGCAGGAAACGCUGCCGGUGACGUUUACGCUCUCCUGAAUGCAACCAGAAAUCCCAUUUUCAAAAGUAACUCGUACUUUGCAAAAUUCGAGCUUCCGAAUCUACGAAGUGGUAUGGUGACGAACCUGACAGCCAUUCUGAUCAACGACUCUCCUACAACCAAACGAGAUCCGUGCAAUACCGAUGAUUCUCUGAAAUCCCUCAAAAAUAUUGUAAAGGCGAAAAAUAUAGAAUUCGUCUGCAGAGAAAACCCCGGUGACUUGGUGUACCUCUUUUGUGUGGACAAUGCAAGUACAGAUCUGUGUAAGAAUGUAACCAUAUACCAAUCUGGAAAUAUAGUUAUACCAUGAGGUUCUAUUUUUUUUACUUUAUUUCUACUUUAAGCUCGGGAAUCAAAUUUGAACUGAAAAUGAAUUGACUUGUAUUUUUGUUUUCACUUUUAAACCUUCUUUCAAGUUGAUCUGUUUGGUUUUGUUUUGCUGUGUCUUUGUAGACCAUAAUUUUCACUGCCAGUACAGCGGCUAUGAUUUUGUAAUUUGUUUCAUAAAGUGUUCUCCCAUAUGUUAGAGUUGUUACAAAAUUAUAUCUUAGUAUCCUAUUAAAAGGACAUGAAGCGAAGAAAUUAGUCAUGCUCCGCCAUAUAUAAUUUAUCCCGUUUCAUUUUAUUUCUUUAGCAUUUGUGUCGGCUUGACAGAGGGCUGUAGAGUAUCUGAUAUCUUCU